AUGUUUAGAUGGCUUGUUAAUGCCAUCCUCCUGGCAAUACCGGUCGGUACCACCAUCGCCAUCUUGUUGGGCUUGCAGGUACACAACAAUGCAAACGGCCGCCCGCCUCCAUUCUCUGGCGGUGACAACGCCGGCGACCUGCCUGGAGUAGGAAUUCCUAGGGGCAAAGAUGGCGUCUUCAUGAAGUGCGAUGAAUCAUUCGGUUUCGACCCCAAAUCCAAGGGCCAGAACUUCAUCCUAAAUCCGAAUCCUUGGGGUUGGAAAGACGGCGAGCCAGGUGCUCUUUGCAUGCUCGUCAACGUCAACGGAAAUCGAACAUACGCCACGGAUUUCUCAGCGCCCGUCUUCAAUGUCACCUGGCAGUAUCCCCGGCUUACCAAUGGGCGGAACAACGUGCACGCCUUCCCCAACGCAGAAGUCGACAACAAAAAAUUUCCCGUCCAGGUCGGAUCUGUUUCCAAGUUUGAGCUUGACGUUGAAUGGUCCCUGUCGCUCAAGAAUGACACACGUCAACAGGUUACCGAGGACGACAUCACAGCAAACCAGAUCAACGCCAACGUGGCCGUUGACAUGUUUAUGGACAAGGACAGCACCAAGGCCGGCGAAAGUACCAAGGCCGGCUUUGAGGUGAUGGUGUGGUUGGCCGAUUUUGGUACCGAUGCUUGGCCCAUUGGCAAGACGACUGCAGCCGACAAGGGCCUGGUCAAGACUACCACCCUGAACGGCGUCGAAUUUGAGCUGUACGCCGGGACUAAUGCCCAGCAACAAAGGGUGCUGUCCUGGGUAGCAACCAAGCCCACUGCCAACUUCCAGGGAAACCUGAAGCCGCUUCUCGACGGCAUCUUUGACUUGAACAACGCCAACUAUCCCCAAAAGACGGACUAUCUCGGCUAUGUUGCCUUUGGACAAGAAGCCUACAGCUCGACCAGCAACGUCACCUUUUCCGUGACGAAUCUGGCAAUAGACAUCGAGACGUCUGCAUAA